GAGGACUAUCUGGAGAUGAUCGAGCAGCUUCCCAUGGAUCUGCGCGACAGGUUCACCGAGAUGCGCGAGAUGGACCUGCAGGUGCAGAUUUCUCUUAGGAGAAUAUUUUGUUUCCUGCUCAGUUUGUAACUGGCUAGAAUGUUCCAAAGUCAGCAAUCUAGAGCCCUGGGUGAGGAGUUUGGGUCGUGCUUUAAGUCACUACCACUGCUCUUAGGGACAAAAAACCUUUAGAACUUGGAGUCCUGCCUGUCCCAUGCUGGAGAGCACAAGAACCUUGAUGAGAAUCCUACCAGAAUGCAAUUCUGCUUCUUGGAAAUGAAGAUGCAAUGGAUCAGCUUGAACAGAGGGUAAAUGAAUUUUUUAUGAACGCAAAGAAAAACAAACCUGAAUGGAGAGAAGAACAAAUGACAUCAAUAAAAAAAGAUUAUUAUAAAGCUUUGGAAGAUGCAGAUGAAAAAGUGCAACUGGCUAAUCAAAUAUAUGAUCUGGUGGACCGUCAUUUGAGAAAAUUGGACCAGGAACUCGCUAAAUUUAAAAUGGAACUUGAAGCAGAUAAUGCUGGAAUCACGGAAAUAUUAGAGAGACGGUCUCUGGAGCUGGAUACACCAUCACAGCCUGUGAAUAACCAUCAUGCCCAUUCUCACACUCCAGUAGAGAAAAGGAAACACAAUCCAUCUUCUCAUCACAGUACAACAGACCAUGUUCCUGAAAAGAAGUUUAAAUCUGAAGCUCUUCUAUCUACCUUGACUUCAGAUGCUUCUAAAGAAAAUACACCAGGGUGUCGAAACAGUAAUUCAUCAUCCUCUUCAAACAAUGCAUACAAUACAAACUCUUCUCAACCAUUGGCAUCAUAUAACCUGGGCUCAUUAUCUUCAGGAUCCGGGGCCGGUGCAAUUACCAUGGCGGCAGCUCAAGCAGUGCAAGCCACGGCACAGAUGAAGGAGGGAAGACGAACAUCCAGCCUAAAAGCCAGCUAUGAAGCAUUUAAAAACAAUGAUUUUCAGCUUGGAAGAGAAUUUUCGUUGUCCAGAGAUUCAACUGGAUAUUCGUCAUCAGCUCUGGCAUCUACGUUAACACAGACGUUAAGUUCAUCAACCACAGAUUCACGAAGUGGCAGAAAAAGCAAAAACAACAACAAAUCCUCAAGUCAGCAGUCCUCGUCAUCUUCUUCUUCUUCCUCUCUAUCGUCAUGUUCUUCUUCAUCUGCAUUAGCACAAGAACUGUCUCAGCAAACAGCAGUAAUACCAGAGUCUGAUUCUAAUAGCCAGGUUGACUGGACCUAUGAUCCAAAUGAGCCACGUUACUGCAUUUGUAAUCAGGUGUCCUAUGGUGAAAUGGUAGGCUGUGAUAACCAAGAUUGUCCUAUUGAGUGGUUCCACUAUGGAUGUGUUGGACUGACAGAAGCGCCAAAAGGGAAAUGGUACUGUCCACAGUGUACAGCUGCAAUGAAGAGAAGAGGCAGUAGACAUAAAUAAGUUUCUUCAUCUGGAAAACAAAUUGUGUCCUAAAGGUUUUAUAGAGGUCUUAGGAGGGGAGGGGGAACUCUCACAACACCUCCUUGCAACCACCGAAGAGUUAACGUAGCAGUCAUAGAAUGGUGGGGUUUAAUGGAAAGGACCUUAAAGAUCAUCUGGUUCCAACCCCCAAUUGUAAGAUCAUGAACUAUUGGUUUUGCGAGUUGUGUUUUAACAUUCUGAAUAAAUUAUUUACGCACCUUGAUGUGCUACAGAUACUAUUCCAGUGAGCCUUGGAUUAUUCCAGUGGCGUACAUAUGCAGACAUUUGUACUAUCAGACCAUUUUCUCUAAGCACUGGGCAUUCUACAAUUAUAUAAUCUUCAAAGAAUUCCGAUAAGUCAAGGUUUUAAAUGUAUGUUUUAUAUACAAGAGAUAUAUUCUGCUGCAUGAACUGUACUCAAGAGCUGUUACGUAACACUAUGUAUAUAAAUGGUGCAAAAAGUCAGUGCUUCUGAAAAGAAAAAAAAAAGAGACAAUGUUUUUAAAAUGCCUUUAUAGCUUUGGUUCUUUAUGAAACUUAAUUCAGCAGGCUGAAGAAAAUGGUUCUUGUAUACAGCGGGCUGUUGUCCUUUAGGGUACUUGAGUAUGUAAAAACAAGAAAAAUGCUGUAGAAUAAAACAAACUUGUGCCAUUAGUCUUUAUAUGUUUCUGCUCCAGAGAAGGCCGGGGCCAUAAGAGGAAAAAAAGGUGUUAAAGUGACAAUAAAUUUUUAUACCAAAUGUGUUUAUUUUUUUGUGCAAGUAAUCCUUUAAAUUUGAAUUGUAUUAGGUGUAAAAUAAAACAACCUCAACUCCUCAAA